GGGCAGAGGAGGCAACUCGCUUUUCAUCGCAGACGGCGCGGUGAGAACAUUACUGACGGUCCCAUGUCGGCGGAGAGCGGCCGGAUCACGUUGCACGUCCAUACGACGACCGGCGGUCGCAUGCAACUUCAGCUGCAUCGCAACUGCAGUGUCGUCUCGCUCAAACGCACGCUCUCCGCCAGGCUACGACUUGCAAAGGACCGUAUCGUCUUGCUGCAUCGGAACAGGCAACUUAAAGACGGAACUUUGGAGACGAACAACAUCCAGGAUGGAGAACGGCUGACUUUGUUGCCCAGUGUCGAAACCGGUCUGCAGGCGGUGAAACCUGAACAGAGUGUAAUGCAAGCGCUGGAAUCGCUCAGUGACGCUCAGGUGGAAAACUUUUUAUGUGGUCGUGCCCCACUGCAUCUGACGAUGCGGCUUGGAGAUCACAUGAUCUUUGUGCAACUCCAGCUAUGUGCUCCUCCAGAAACCCCCCCAGCAACCCCCACUACCCCUACAUGCCCGACGGUUCCCCCCGAAGCAUCGGCACCUCGACAAGAACAAAGUGAGGGUAGCGAAGCCAACUCCGGCAACAAUCCGAAUAACAACGCAGACGUGGCCAGCGGAGCAGUGAUAGAACGCAUGUGUCACCUGGGGCGUGGGGUGUACUCUGGCACCUUCUCUGGGACCCUGAGUCCCGAACUGCAGGACAGAGAGGGUCGUCCGAGACGCCAUGUGACCACAAUCCUGCACAUCCUGCGUGACCUCCUCGGAGCUAGCCAUCCUUGGAGGACUGCCACUUUUUCUCCAGGCACGCCGGCUUCAGCUUCGUCUCCUAAUCCACUCGCUACGCCCCCUCCAACCCCACCUCCAACCGGAGGAGGCACGAACCCCCAGCGAGCCCCUCAGCAACCCCCGUCCCCACUUGUCCCGACAGAAGAAGAGCACCGUCUGCUACGGGGGAAGCUGGACCAGAUCCACGCAACCCUGAGGGAACGCCGGAGGGCGAGGCGUUCGACUCCGUACGGCAAAGCCAGCAGCGACGGCACCGUCCUCGUCUGAGGCCUCACCCUUCCACUGUAUUCAACUUUCAGUAUUAUAAUGAGCCCUCAAUGCUCAAGUGUGGGCUGAGUCAGACACCAAAGUUGCACUCUGCGACGUUUCUUGAACAAAAUAGCGUGAGAUCGGGGUGUGCCUGAUGAGAACGGGUGGCUGCAGGUGAGAGUCGGAAGUGCUUGUCCCGUGUACUCGAGCUAUCUCUUCCCACGCGGGCCUCGAUGGUACUUCGGGCUGUAGGGGCAAACCAGACAAGAACAACGGAGAAAACAAAUUUUUUAAUCUCGCUUGCACGGACGUCUUACGACGGCCACUUGAUCGGGAAUCCGAAAAUUUGAAGCCACAACUGUGCUCUCUUUUCCUAGUGGUUAUUCUGCUCUCUUAUGUACCCUUUAUCUACCCUCUAUUGUGUAUCAUAGUGCAGGGUGCACCAACCGCUGUACCACGUAAUGCCACGCCAGUGUGCUGGUCGAUCACAGCGCUGCGGGCUAGAGAGCACUGUUUACAGCAGCAUUUUGGCACGAUGCACCAAGUGCAGUGAGACUUGCGAGAAUGUGUACCGGGUCUGUGCUGUACCGGGUGCUGUACCGGGUGCACUGCUCUGUGUGUUAGAGUACCAUGUUACCACCUGUCGGGUCAGUGCCCAUCUACGCUUUUGGCAACGAAACUUUGUCUGCAAUAGCUCUCCAGCACACCCUGGGUAUCUCUGUAUAAAUGCAAUGAGAGAUUUGUACUGGAGCCAGUACCAGAGCACUUUUGUGCGUCGGAGCACAUUUUUUUCUUUCUGUUUUAAGUACACGUAUUUCAUCUUAGCUUUUGCAAAAGUGUUGCUAGUGCGUUGGCAUCGAAGUCAAUCUUGUCACAAAAUUUCUAGUUUUUAAUUCAGUGUUUUGCAUAUAGUGCAGAUUGUUCUCUUGACUUUUAGUGCAUGCAACAUGUACCUGAUUUAUUAAUGCUGCUGCGUUUGACAACUUGAGCCCUGCGUAGAGUAGUGUCAAGGUCAACUGCAUGCCGGUACGGGCACGUUUGGCCAACGAAUUACGAACCAAAACGCUCCGCCCAGCAGGAAUCAAGCUGUCUGGUCAUGUACCUUGAGUUUCAGAAGCCACGUUGAUAAUUCGUUAGCUGUGCAUUAACUGAAAGUGUAGGAUAUGUGGCACUAAAAGCACAUGCACCCACGAUGCAAGAUAAGCCCAGACUUGUAGAUAACAGCUACGACAGCUUACGGGGACUAUGUCGUUUCUGUCACUUCCUGCAAAAUUUUGUGUUCAAUUUGUCUCACUCUAAAUGCUGGAUGGAUUAUUCUAUUUGAUACGCUGACGUGUUAUGGAUUGAUAGAAAAAAAAAAAACUUUCAUAUCUGUUUCACUUUAGAGCAACUGCAAUGUACUAAUCGCAAUAACUGCAGCACUUCGUGUUACACUGUAUCGUAUAUUUUCAGUAUUAGACUACGUUGUUUAUUUCAUAAAAUUCCUAUUUGCAAAGUAGAGUGUAGAAGACAGAGGUCUUUUUUUUUUUUUUAGUCUUGUGCAGUCGAACUACAAUAAGUCAUUUGCUUGUUGACCUCGCAAGUUGGUUGCAGUAUUAUCGAAUCUUGCAGUUUUUCCCUUUCCUCCGAGAAGAUUUUUUUUAGUCGUGCAAGUGGUGUAAACUGUGUGUUUGAGGGCGCAGUUAAGCCGUAUCCAAUACAGGUGUGCUCCAUAUCUGUCAGGACGGGCGUUGGUCCGAUUCAACAACGAUUAUACUUUGUGCAGCAUUACUUGCAGAAGUUUUGUUAUUGUAAAGUAUUAUCCAGUGUGUUCUCUUCCCACCGUGCAGAGGUUUCCUUGUUUCAGGGAUUGUGAAAUCUGGGAUGAAAAAUUUUUCUGAGCUCCUACCCUGCCCCACAUGUCGAUGUUUUACAUAAAACGUACAAGGAUUUCGGAAACCUAGAUCAGUAUGCCCAGCUUUCAUGACAUCUGGAUACAAAUAUACUGGCAUUUCUGGGUUUAUAAGUCGUGGGUCUGGAUCAAAACACCUCAACUGUCCGAUUCCUGCCCUGCGUGUAUGAUCGUGUGUGGUCUGCAUUGUGCAUCCCUCUCGAAACAAGGAAGACCUUUGCGUGUAUGUGGGUAGUAUGUAAUUAGUAUUUUGUUUUGAGCUGGAUGUAUUACCAUAGUGAAUGCUUUAUUUUCUGUAGCCUACCUCAGUAUUUCACUGUGAAUGUACAUCUCCCUCCCACAUGUAUUACAGCUGCCUUGUAGAGAGGCAGACCAGCUACAACUGGAAACAAAUGACUACUCAAUGUCGUUAGUCCUUUUAAUAUGCAGUCAACGAUGUACAUUCUGUUUAUAUGAGUCAUUGAACUUGGAUGCGCCACGACUUCAAGCAUAGUGCUACGGAAGUUUUAUUCGAUCGUUUUUUUUGUAACCAUAGGCUUCUCCUAUUUCAAUAUUGUUGCUGUAGGUAAUAAAAGCAUGAUGUGUGUUCUCAGAACACAUCAAAGUUUUUUA